AUGAAACAUUUAAGAGACACCGCGGAUGACGACGACAAGCGAAGAUUAUCUCGGAUCGUCACGGAAGUCUGCGCUAGCAUUACAAGUAGGUUGAAUGUAUUCCUUGCAGAAACGAGUGAUAGUGGAGGAAGAGCAGCUUGGAAAAUCCCACGAAUUCAGAAUGUUCUAGAACACGAAUUCCUUCAUUUUCCUGACAGAAAAUGGCUGGAAAGUUAUCGUAUCUCCAAAGAUAUGUUUGAACAGUUGACGCAUGAUUUGCGGAGCCUUCAGCGACAGGUAACGAGACUGCGUAGUCCUGUACCUGUACGAACAGUUGUAGCGAUGCUACUGAAACGUCUGGGAAAAGGACUGGACUACAGAGAGAUCGGAGACAAAUUUGGAGUCGGUGCUUCUACUGCAUGCAUUAAAGUUAACGAAGCUAUGAAACUCCUGGUUAGUUCCAAGAUGCACAUCAUAAGCAAAAUACAAAGAGGAAUAGAUUUUAAAAGAAUCAUAAAUGGUUUCCAGAGAAAGUGGAAUUUUCCCCAAUGUUUGGGUGCCAUUGACGGUACCCAUAUACCCAUAAAAGCCCCCCUCGUCCACCAUGCGGACUAUUAUAACAGGAAAUGUUUCCAUUCAGUUAUUUUGCAAGGUGUUUGUGACAGCCAGUGCUGCUUCACUGAUGUCUUUGCUGGCUGGCCUGGUCGAGCACACGAUUCUAGGGUGUUUGGGCGUUCUCAGAUAGGAAAUUUGAUAACAGAGGGAAGACUGAUUCCUGAUGAUUCAAAUUUGCGACGGGUUAUCGAUAACCACGUCAUUGAGCCAUUUCUUAUUGGGGAUCCAGCUUACCCCAUUUCCAAGCAUCUAAUGAAAAACUACCCAGGCAGCAAUCUCACACCUGAGAAAGAGCAUUUUAACUAUAGACUCAGUCGCGCCCGCAUACAGAUCGAGAGGGCAUUUGGACGGCUUAAAGGGAGAUGGAGAUGUCUGCUUAAGGCGUUGGAAUGCGAACUCGAUAAAGUUGUACUUCAUGCCACAACAGCCUGUAUCCUGCACAACAUGUGUGAAGAGCGAAAAGAGUGCUACCUCGAAGAGUGA